AUGCACUCUGAAAGGAGAAGAACAGCACAAAGGCUAAACGAGCAGCAAAGACGCAUCUGCGAUCGGCAGGAGCCCGCGGCCAAGCAGGACCACCACCCCGAGCCCCCCCAGGACCCCAUGCAGUUAACGACUCCGCAACGUGUCUGUCACCAUGCACUGAACCCCGCAAAGCGCCCGCACGCCCCGAGGGCCGCAGGGCUCAGUGCACAGACCACCAUCCUCUACAAGCUGAAGCUGGGUGAGAUCGUCACCACCAUCCCCACCAUCGGGUUCAACGUGGAGACGGUGGAGUACAAGAACAUUUGCUUCACCGUCUGGGACGUGGGCGGCCAGGACAAGAUCCGACCCCUCUGGCGGCACUACUUCCAGAACACCCAGGGUCUCAUCUUCGUGGUGGACAGCAAUGACCGAGAGCGAGUGCAGGAGUCUGCCGACGAGCUGCAGAAGAUGCUGCAGGAGGACGAGCUGCGGGAUGCCGUCUUGCUGGUGUUUGCCAACAAGCAGGACAUGCCCAACGCCAUGGCGGUGAGCGAGCUGACCGACAAGCUGGGGCUGCAGACGCUGCGCAGCAGGACCUGGUACGUGCAGGCAACGUGUGCGACCCAGGGCACGGGGCUCUACGACGGGCUGGACUGGCUAUCGCACGAGCUCUCCAAGCGCUAG